AUGGGGCUUUCACAAGGCCUCAUUGGCUUCAUUGCAAUUGCUUCUUUGCUUGUUUCUUCAUCAGUUUCCGCUUUAAACAAUGAAGAAACCAGUAUAAGUAAAUCAGAUUUUCCCAGUGAUUUCGCAUUUGGGGUUUCAACUUCUGCCCUCCAGAUUGAAGGCUCAACAAAAGAGGGAGGAAGAGGACCGACCAUUUGGGAUGCGUUCGUAAAACUUCCAAAAAAAAUUAUGGAUGGAAGUAACUUGGAAACAACGAUUGAUUCUUAUAAGCGAUACAAGGAAGAUGUGAAGUUGUUAAAGCUCAUCGGAGUGAAUUCUUAUAGAUUCUCCAUUGCCUGGACCAGAAUUCUACCCGAUGGGACCUUGAGUGGUGGAGUAAACCAGGAAGGGAUCGAUCAUUACGACGGGCUUAUUGAUGAAUUAGUCAAGAACAAUAUCACAGCCUACGCGACGAUGUUUCACUUCGACUUUCCACAAGCUCUGUAUGAGAAAUCCGGUGGCUUAUUGAAUAGCUCAUUAGUGCAGCAUUUCAAAGACUAUAGUGAAAUAUGCUUCAAGACAUUUGGAGAUAGGGUUAAGAACUGGAUUACAGUAAACGAGCCAUUUAUUCUAGCUCAACUCGGGCACGAUAUAGGGAUGGGACCUCCGGGGAGGUGUUCAGAUCGAACGAUAUGUCCGGAGGGUGAUUCAUCAACUGAGCCUUAUAUUGUGGGACAUAACCUUCUACUUGCUCAUGCACAUGCUGCUAAGCUGUACAAGGAAAAGUUCCAGAAGAAUCAAGGGGGACAAAUUGGAAUAAGCCUUGUUGGGCAAUACUUUGAGCCUUACUCAGAUUCACCUGAAGAUAAAGCUGCACAAAAGAGAGCCUUGGACUUCAAUUUGGGAUGGUAUGUGGAACCACUGGUUUUUGGUGAUUACCCAAAGAUAAUGAAAGAAUUAGUGAAGGACAGACUACCAGUUUUCACUGAAGAAGAAAAAGGGUUGUUGAAGGGAUCUUCUGAUUUUAUUGGGAUCAAUUAUUACACAACAAGAUAUGCUCAAAGCAAACCUAUAGAUCCACAUGCUCCUGCAGUUAGCUACCUUGCCGAUCAAUUCGUGAACGAAACAUUAUAUAACAAAAAUGGAGAUAUUAUUGGUCCAAACGCUAAACCAAGCCUCUACAUUUACGUAUAUCCGGAAGGACUGCAGAAACUAUUGGAGUUCAUGAAGGAUACAUACCAAGACCCAAAAAUCUACAUUACUGAAAAUGGGUUUACCCAGAGCGGGGACACUCCACGUCUUCAAGCGAUUAAUGACGAUGAUCGGAUCAAAUUUAUUCAGCAGCAUUUGUACCGGAUUGCUCAAGCAAUCAAAAAUGGUGUGAAGGUGAACGGGUACUUUUACUGGAGUGCAUUUGACGACUUUGAAUGGGUAGAGGGUUACAGAGUAAGAUUUGGGCUUUACUAUGUUGAUUUCAAAGACAAUCUAUUACGCGUCCCCAAGAGAUCUGCUGCCUGGCUCUCUAAAUUCCUCCAAGGGCUUUAAAUCACGACAUCUCCAUACUUGUAUAUACUUGCAUUGAAGCAGGAAUAAAUACAAUUUUAUGAAUAUGCAUAUGUGCUUCUACUCUCUAUUGAUUAUGCAGAACUCUUUACUUUAUUAUGGUGCAAGAAGAAACGGCUACAAAUUUGCUGCAAAAAUGGCAAAAAGAAUUGGUCAUUGAAUUUGUUAAAAAAAUACCCUACUCGUGUUCAGAAAUAUAUUCAGGAACGAAUUUAGGGAUUCCACAAUACGCUAGAGUCUACAAUUGACAUCUAAUGAUAGAGAGAAAAAAUCUGAUAAUUUUUUUUAUUUUUAAAAUGUGAUGUAGAACAUCUUCCAAACCAUUGAAUUCAAAUUAUAGAUUUUCCAAACCCCCAGAUCUUCAAGAAUUGGGUUUGCUGUUACAUCUUGCUCUCUCUUGGAUUUUGCAUAUAUUUUCAUAUUUUCUCUCUUUUUGUUUUGUUUUUUUCCCGAAGAAAGUCUUAUUUUCUUUUAUAAAAAAUAAAAUAUCCAGUUCAACAAUCAGAUAAAAAUAUCCAUAUUCCACGGAAUUAGCAUAGCAUUUCUCCAAUACAAGUUGCUCAAUAUACAAUAGGAGAAUUAAGACCAGUUACCUGUAUAUUAAAGAGCACUUACCUGAACUAAGUUAAACUGAACUCAGCAUAAAUAAAAUUAGCGAAUUUGACAUCUGAGUAUAAAAAGGUAAAAGCAGCUAUUCAACCGCAUUAACAUGUAAGGCUGAACUCAUGGAGUCAAAAGUAUAGCACCUUUUAUUCAACUUGAGCUCAGAUCAAACCUCAGUCCCGAUAACAGAGGGCGGACAUCCACCCUACGGGCCAAAAUCGAAGAAAAACUAAAGGAUCAGUGUGUUUUCAAGUGUCUGAUAAAUAUAAUUUUAAA